UUUGGAAGGAACCGCCAAAUAGGCUCACUGCGAAGAAAUUCAUCUUCGGCGCCACCGUCGCCGGCGAAGAUACCGACGAGCAUCUGCCGGCCAAUGUCCGUCCGGAACGUACAUAACAAACCAUCCCACCGGCUGAACUGUGUUCGAUUGGAGUUCAGCGGUUGAACUUGCCGGCCAACGCGUCGAGUUGAUCGAAUCUUGUACAUAAAUUUUACCGGACAUCGUUUUCCAUUCUCAUCAGAUUUAUUGAAACGGUCGUUCUUUGAUUCUGUUUGUUUCGAAACCGUUCGAUUCAUUAUUUGUUUUACGUUACCCUAUGACCUCUUAUUGGGAUUUUCUAAAUUUUAUUGAUGGUUAUUGUUUGAAUCGUGCUUCGUAGUUCUGCCUGAGAUAUAUUGUUUUCUGUCACUUUCUUGGAAUUCCACUCGUCGUUGUCGAGUUCUCUUGGUUGGAUUUUAUUCCUUUGUUAUUCUUUUCUGGGCAAUAGGGCCAGAGAAGUGAAUGUUGAUCUCUGAAGCGGGGUUGUAACAGGUAGAAUUUUGGGAUUUUAGGGUCAGGUUUGGUGAAAUAUUGGAUUUGUGAUAUUUUGGUGACUUAGAUUUUCUUUCCCCCCACGAAAUCAUCUCAAAUUUCCUUGAGAAUUCCAUAGAUCCGUCUGUUUCUGUCGGUGUUGAUUGGGGAGCUUUGCUUGGAGUAAUUUGUGGAUGUAAAAGGCUGCCAAAGACGUUAAUGGCUGUAAAUAGACAUUUUGGUUCUGUAGGCUCCGAGAAGGUUGAGGAUCAUGUUAAUGGGGACAGCAACGUUGAAUCAAUGGCAUUAUUGCCACCUCGAAGAGGUGGGAUUUCAAAGAAACUGGAUAAACCGAGGCGAAAAGUGCAGUGGAAUGAUAACAAUGGACGUAAGUUGACGGAGGUAAUGGUAUUCGAACMAAGUUAUGAAAGUGACUCAGAAGAUGAUGAAUCUGAUGCCUGUAUGUGUACUGUAAUGUAAAUUAAGUACCUCGGGUAUCAUUAUGGAUUUCUAGUAGCUAACUCUGAUCUAACCAUAUCGUCGUGGUUUAUUUACUACUUAUCGUGAGGAUGGAGUCCCAUUUGGAGACUGGAGUAGGUUGAACUUCAAGAACUGGAACAGCAUCUAGUUAUUAGCUUCUUCCUUCAGAAAUUAAAGUUCAGACCAACCAAUCUGAGAGGCUUGAAUGCACCAGGUUUUCUUGCAUUUGAGUAUCAGGUUCACUCCGAUUGCAUCUAC